AGCUUGUGGUGAACUCUUCAGCACUGCUCAGGCAGGAGGCUGCAGAUGCCUGAAGAUUGUACUGGGGGAAGCUUUGUCCUUUACUGUGAAUUCUGGGCUUUGAUGCAACGUCUGGUGGAGCCACCAGCGUUUUCAUUACUGCAGUGAAGAUGAUUCAAUUUAAGAGAAUUUGCCGUGGAUAGAAACAGAGUGGGGUAGACAAUGGCUUGUAACCGAGUGCUGAGAUGGUUUCCAUUCAGAAGGUUGGUGUGGAGGCCUCCCCGCAGCUGGAGGAGCCCCAUGUUUCCAGCAGAGCCCCGGGCCUGUGGUGCACAGAGAAGGGGAGACUUCUCUGAGGGCUCCAGCAGAGGUGAAAGAUAAUUUCAUUAAAUUAUCCACUCUCCAUGUGAAUUAAAGAAACGUGGAUGGGUUUGUGGCGGCAGUGGGGGCUUCACUGGGAGACGCUUUGGCUCCUUCGAUGGGCCGAGCCCUCAUUAUGUGUAUUUUGGUGAUGGGAUGACAAUGGAGGUGUGGGAGACGGCUGUGAGUCACCCUCGCAGGCCCGGCGGCUCCGGCCCCCUUGGCGGGGGGGUCGCUCACGGCCAGGGCGGAGGGCUCAUAAGGCACGGAGCAGCCUAUGCCACCCCACAGCCCGCAGACCUCAGCCCACAUGGAGCUCGCCAGCCUGCCCCGAAGCCCCGAACCCACCGGCGAGGCCCGGGCGCGUCCCGCCGCCCCCAGCGCGGGGCGGGAGGGUGGCCGGCGGAAGCGGACAACCUUCAGCAAGGGCCAGCUGGAGCUGCUGGUUCGCGCCUUCGAGAAGGAGCCCUACCCCGGCAUCGCGCUGCGGGAGCAGCUCUCGGACCUCACCGACAUCCCCGAGUCCAGGAUCCAGGUGUGGUUCCAGAACAGGAGAGCCCGGCAGCUGAACCACAAGAAGAGCGAAGCCGCUGCCUACCCCAAGCCGGCCAGUGGCAAGCAAAAACCGACCCGCUGCGGUGGCGGCUGCCAGGAGAGGAGCCGGACGACGGAGGGGUUUGGGCCAGAUGGGAGCCUCCUCCAUCCACAGCCCGGCCUAGCAGGAGGAGGCCAGAAUUUCGCUGGUCAGCCUCUCUCUUACUCGGGGCAGCUUUACUCAAGGCUCGAUACUCAUUUCAGGAGCUUGGAUAACACUUUUGGAGCGCCGGGUCAGACCCCAGCUCACUGCGGUUUGGACUGCGUGGGGAAAGGGGUCCCACUCGGUGCAGGAAGUGUGGGGAGUACCCCCCAGGUCUCGUUUCCUGUGCAGCAGGCACAGGAAUAUCCAUACCUGAAGAAGUCUUUCCCUGAAACCUACUACUCAGAUGCAGAUGUUUUCCAGUAUCGUAUAGAAGAUCAUCAGUACCUGGCAGCUAAAGAGAAUGUGUGUAGGAGGCCUGUCUUAAACUACUUAAAUGCUAACCAUGGCCUGGGCGAUGAGAACUAUUUGUAUAUAAAGUCAAACAUUUCUCCUUUUGGGAAGGGCUCCACUUUCAAUUAUGUUGAAGGGGAAUCUAAGCUUGAGGUCGAGCAGGUGGGGCACAGUCCACCUCUGGUUCUAGCUGAAGAGGGGUGUCAAGGAACACUUUCUGCUCCAGCCUCAUCGUAUGGGCAGCAGCUGCUGGAGACAGUAAGUGACUAUGACCCUCACUGGCUGGGCAUGAGAAAUGAAAUUUUGGGAACUGGAUUAGACUCGCUGUUUGAGAAUGAGCAAAACUGGGGGCAAGGUGGGCCAAAAAGUUACAUUUUUUCUUUUGGUGGCCAGAACGCAACCUGUCAUCUGGGUCACACAUGA